AUGCCGCAAAGGCUGCAGUUUCCAGUGAGUUCACUGAGUGCCGCUGUUGGCCAGAGCAGAGGCAGAGCUGAAACCGAGAUCCUUUUAUUGGAACUUCCUGCUGGGCGAUUCUAUGCUCAGUCGCCCGACUUACAUCCCAGAGAAGAGCCAGUAUUCGCUUCCUGGGCACUUCCAGAGCCAAUCCGCUAUUCUAUUCCAGAAGAAAUGGUGAAAGGGUCUGUGGUUGGGAAUCUCUCCAAGCAUCUAGGGUUGGAGUUCCGUGAUUUGCAGUCUCGGAAACUGCGGAUUAGUGGAGAAAGAGAAUACUUUGCUGUAAGCACAGAGACUGGGGAACUAGUGAUCAAAGAAAGAAUAGACCGAGAGCAGCUAUGCGGGAAAAAGCCUGUGUGUGUCCUCGAUUUUGAAACAGUUGCUGAAAAUCCACUAAAUUUUUUUCACAUAACUGUGGAGAUAGAGGAUAUUAAUGAUCAUUCGCCACAAUUCAGUCAAGAUACUUUUGAUUUGCAAAUCAGCGAGUCUACACUGCCAGGAGCUAGGUUUAUCCUAGUUUCAGCACAAGAUGCAGAUGUCGGCAGCAAUUCUCUGCGAGAAUACCAACUCAGUCCCAGCACUGACUUCUCACUAGUGAAUAGGCAUAAUAAAGAUGGCAAUAAAUAUCCAGAAUUGGUAUUGGAGAAGUCCCUAGAUCGGGAGACACAGAAUUCUCAUCAGUUGUUCCUGACUGCUGUGGAUGGUGGGGACCCUGCUCGAAGUAGCACGGCUCAGAUCCGUAUAAAUGUCACAGACGCUAACGAUAACGCCCCAGUGUUCAGCCAGGACGUUUACAGGGUCAGUCUUCCCGAGAAUCUUCCCCGGGGUUCCCCGGUGCUUAAGGUGACAGCCACCGACAAAGAUGAGCUGGUCAACGCAGAAAUCACCUUUUCUUUCCGAAGUACAGGUCAAGACUUCUGGUACGUAUUCGAUCUAGACGCUAAUAGCGGGGAGAUUACAACUGCAGAGAGUAUCGAUUUUGAAAAGAACAAAGACUACUCUUUAGUGUUGGAAGCUAGGGAUGGAGGUGGACUGGUUACACAGUGCACAAUUGAAAUUGAAGUUUUAGAUGUAAAUGACAAUGCCCCAGAGGUACUAUUACAAUCCAUACCCUCUGUAAUUCCAGAGGACAUUUUGCCCAGAACCGUGAUUGCAUUGAUCAAAACACGUGAUAAAGACUCUGGACACAAUGGAGAGGUUUCUUGUGAAAUAAAAGGUAAGGUCCCAUUUAAAAUAUUGUCUUCGUCAAAAAAUUCUUACAAGUUAAUGACAGAUGGACCCCUGGACAGAGAACGGAUUCCAGAAUAUAACAUCACAGUGAUUGCCACAGACAAAGGAAAUCCCUCUCUAUCCACCAGCAAAAUCCUCACGCUGGUUGUUGGCGACGUUAAUGAUAACCCUCCAGUUUUCCUACUCCCUUCUUAUGUCAUUUAUGUCCCAGAGAACAACCCCUCUGGAGCCUCUAUUGGUAGCGUCUCGGCCUCUGAUCCAGAUGUAGGGGAAAAUGGCCUGGUGUCCUAUUCCAUCGUCAGGAGUGACCUCGAUCUUGUGCCAGGAUCUUCCUAUGUGUCUGUCAGUGACCACAACGGGGACAUCUUUUCUCAACGCUCCUUCGACUAUGAGCAAGUCCGCACGUUCGAGGUGAUUCUUCAAGCCUGUGAUUCAGGAUCUCCAGCCCUCUGCACCAAUACCACCCUGCAAGUGUUUGUCUUGGAUGGAAAUGACAAUUCACCAAACAUCCUGUAUCCCACCUUGAGCCCAGACAGCUCAGUCCUCUUUGAUAUGGUCCCACGCUUGGCUGAACCAGGAUACCUGAUCACCAAGGUGGUGGCGGUAGAUGCAGAUUCGGGACACAACGCCUGGCUGGCCUACCACGUGCUGCAGGCUACGGAUCCGGGGCUCUUCAGCCUGGGGCUGCGCACGGGCGAAGUUCGGACUGCUAGGGCCUUAACUGGACGUGAUUCUGCCCGCCACAGACUGCUAGUUUCCGUGCAGGACGAUGGACAGCCCCCUCUCUCCGCCACUGUGGCUCUGCACCUGGUCUUUGCCGACAGCCUUCAGGAGGCGCUGCCAGAGAUGAGGGAGGAGCGCACUGAUACAUUAGAUCCUAACUCCGAGUUACAGUUUUACUUGGUAAUCGCUUUGGCUCUAGUCUCGGUGCUAUUUCUGGUCACGGUGAUUCUGGUCAUCGCACUGCGCCUUCGAAAAUCCUCCAAUCUCGACGAGUGGGGAUGUUUCCGGCCAAAUCUUUGCUCUAAGUCUGGAUCUGGCCCUCCCGCAAACUACAGCGAGGGUACUUUGCCUUAUUCCUACAAUCUCUGUGUGGCCACAGACCAGGGAAAGCCAGUGUUUAAUGUCCCCAAAUGCAAUGGUCCGCUAAACCCAGGACAGGAUCUCCUUUCCUUUGAUUCGUCUCGAUCUUCUUAUCCACCCUUUGGCAUCAGUGAUUCAGCUUCCUACCCAGUGAAACUAGAUAUGGUGAGCUUUCCUUUGAUUAUUUUUCAUUGA